GUGAUCCCGGCGCUCGGAAGCCCUCGGUGCGAUGCCAUCCUGCCAUGUGCCCAGCUGGAGGCAUUCAUCCAAGUGGAUGCUCCCCCCUCUCCUCCUUUUGCUGGCUGAGCUCGCCUGCGAUGCCCAGCCCACGUACCAGUGGAAGGACGCUGUGACGGGCGAGAGGAUCACAUGCCAGCAGUGCCCGCCGGGGACCUUCGUGGCACAGCACUGCUCCAGGGACAGAGCCACGCUGUGCCAGCCCUGCCCGGAUUUGCACUACACUCAGUACUGGAACUACCUGGAGAAGUGCCGCUACUGCAAUGUCAUCUGCGGGGAGAAGCAGGUGGAGGUGCGGCAGUGCAAUGCCACGCACAACCGCGCCUGCCAGUGCCAGCAGGGCUACUACUCCAACAUGGAGCUGUGCAUCCGGCACUCCGAGUGCCCGCCCGGCGCCGGGGCUCUGAAGCCGGGUACCCCCUUUGAGGACACCCAGUGCCAUGACUGCCCCCACGGCUUCUUCUCCUCCAACUCCAGCACCAGCCCAUGCCAGCCCCACCAGGACUGUGAGCAGCAGGGGAAGGUGACCAACGUGCAGGGCAACAAGUACCACGACACCCUGUGCACGUCCUGCAGACGUGGGGGAGGCAACAGCACACAGGGAGCAGCUGCAGAUGAUGCUGACUGCGACCAGGCCAUGAUAGACUUUGUGGUGUACCAGAACAUCCCCGUCAAGAAGCUGAAGCGCCUGCAGCAGAUCCUGGAGCGCUCACCAAAGAAGCAGCCAGCAUGGACCAGGGCAGCCAUCCAGGAGAAAAUCCGGGCUUUCCUCACCCACAGGAAGGAGGAGGACUCUGAAGUCACCAAGGAGCUGCUGGACGCGCUGCGCAUGGUCAAGCUCCACUCCAUUGAGGAGAAAGUCCGUGAGCGCUUCCUGCUGCGCUGA